AUGGCAACCCACGACUCCCUCAUCCCACAGCCCAAACCCCUCGGCGAAGCGCCCCGCGACCUCGCCACCAUCGCGGCGCAAGAAACCGCCCACACACUCCCGUACUGGAACGCAACGGUAGCCUUCGAGCUCGGAAUCGCGCUACGAACGCGGCUGCUCUCGUUCAACAAGCCAGCCGUAGUGCACAUCUCGACAAUCCACACGCCAGCCCACGUGCUCUUCCACAGCGCGACGCGCGCGGGGACGACGCCAGACAACGACGUGUGGGUGGCGCGGAAGCGCAGCGCGGUGGUGCGGUGGCAGGUUAGCACGUGGCAGCUGCACAACCGGUUCGCGGGGGACGAGCAGCAGUUUGCGGUCAAGAUGGGGCUUGGGGAGCGCGCGGCCGAGUAUGCUAUCCAUGGGGGUGGGGUGCCGGUUUUUGUCCAAGGGGUGGAGGGCCCCGUUGCUGUCGUUGUGGUUAGUGGACUUAAGCAGUGGGAUGAUCAUCAGGUGAUUAUCGAGGAGUUGGAGGGUUUGGUGCAAGGGUUGCAGAGGAAGGGGUGA